UCUGAAUUUACAAUCUGACCCAGAUAUAAAAAAUUGAAUAGCAGAGCCUGAGAUGGCAGCUUCCUUCAAAACAGAAAAUCCAGUUCCCACUCUGCUCUAGACUACAGAUAUUAAACCAGCACGCAAUGUGCCUUACUUUCAUAAAUGCAGCACAUCUUCCAUCAGUGAAGAUUCACAGACUGAAAAGAUAGUUGACAAGCACUUGAGGGGAACAGAACUUUACAAAGAGAUGAGAAAGCUCUAUGGACCUGCAGGAAUACAGUCUAUGAGGCAAAUGUACUCUGAGCAGUUACUGAAGGGAAGCCAGUUAAAUGCUGUACUGUCAUACCCAAGACAAAGAAUGAUUGACAACAUCUUGGCCAGGAGAAGUGUACAACAACACAAGAUGAAAAAACAAAGGGAUGAAAUGAAAAAAAAGCUGAAUGAAGAAAAAGUUCAGCUGGAGAAAGUGCUUAAGAAAUUACAGUUAGAAAAGAAAAUGUUUGGCAAAGUGUCUUAUCAAGACAGGGAAAAUAAAGGUACUCUCCAGAGUCGAAUUCACUCCACAGUGGAAAAUCUGCCUGAACUAGAGGCCAGAGGCCAGAACCUCAGGGGGGAGCUUUAUAUGGAAAGGGAGAAGAAGCUAAGGCCUUAUAUCGGAGAGUCCUUGACAGUUGGUGCUGAGCCCUAUCAACUACGAGACAUGAAAAUGGUUACCACUGAAAUGGCAAAGCAUCUGGGGCAGGAGAUAUUUACUCAGAAGAACCCAAGCUGGGCUUUAAGUUUUGAUGUAAUCCUCAGUGCCACCAAGGAAGAAAGAAAUACCAAGGAAAGGAGAGAGAAAAAGAAUGAUGAUGAUCAAAUCUAUUUUGUCCUACAACACAUCAAAGUUCAAGAUCAUUACAGCAAGAAAGAAGUAUGGAAAUGUAUGUUGGAAGAACAUGUUGAAGAUGAAAGUAUGAAGAGAGGUGGAUAUGUGGAUGAUGGAUUCAACAUUUUAGGAUCAUUUUAGCAUCAUUUAGCUCUCACUGAAGUCAGGAGUUUCUUCCACUGACCUUACCAGAAUCAGCCCACAAGUUAGUUCCCUAGAUACUGUUUUAAAAUUCUAUUUUUCUAUUUUUUAAAUUAUUUUUCACUUGAAAUACAUAUACACGUUCAUACACCUGAUAAGAAUGACAAAUACCUAAACAAUUGCAUCGGUCACAUACGUAUAUCUGUUCUAUUGUUACUUUUCCUUCACAACUGAGAGCUUGAUAGGAAUGUGAUUUUGCUUGAAAAGACUGGUUUGCCAGAACUGAAAUGUUUCUUGAAAAGGCAGCAGCUUGGAAGUCCACGUUUCUAGGGUGUGUGGCUCUAGGGAAGCCCUAUGAGGCUGACUGUCCUAGGACUUUUAAGUUCUUGGGAUAGCUGGUUCUUCAUGCAGUGGGAAUCAGACCAACAGAGCAGCUGACAGGCUAAGGAGUCUGGGAGCCAUGGAGUUCAACAGCUGUGCAGUAGAGCCUGAAGACCACUUCAAGACUUCCAGGCUCUUGGCUCUGUGACAGGGGUUCUCAGGGCUUCUAGGUUCCCUGCUGCAGAGUUGGAAAGCCCUGUGAACUCAUGAUUGACUCUCCCAUGCAAGCAAACUAUCUGAGAUCUCCAUAAUGAGCGCAGAGUAUUGUUGGUGUUACUUGUUUUUACGUUGUUGGCCCGGAUCCUGCAAACACUUCUACCAUGCUUAAACUGUAAUCACAAGUGGUUUGAGUAAUUUCAGUGGGACUGCUCACAUGCAUAAAGUUACUUACAAGCUUAAGGCUUUGCAGAAAUGGACUGGGCCUUUCUCCUCCUUCCUAAUAAAGACAGAAUGGAUGGUUGCAGUAAAGAGAUCAUAGAUGUAUUAGAAUAUUUUAUUACUGAUAGUGGGGGAAACUUGGGGGGAAGGGUGAAGGGACCUGUACAAUGCCACAGUCACUUUAAGCUACUGUAAAAUAUUUAGUUUUUUAGGCAUCCAAACAUUGCCUUUGCUCCAGGUGAAAACAUUUUAAGCCUGAGAAAAGAAAAAAGGUCUUCAUGUGAAUAUUUAGUGUAGAAAUAAACUUAUCCUCAGUUCAGCAGAUACAAAAUACAACAGAAAACUCUCAGAUCUAAGAUAACUACUUUAGUAAAGGACUGAAUUUUCUGAGUGCUAAAUUGAAAACCAAAGCUAGCAGAGUCUUCUUAGGAAAACAGAAAUAAAUGUAUUAAAAAAAACUUGUGGUACAACCAAGUCAUUCUUUUAAAUUGGUAUGACUUACAUUAGUUAAAUGAAAAGCUGCACCUCGCACUUUUUUCAAACUAGAGUACUCCAAAGCAGAAAAUCUUGCUAUCGGUUCACAGAGUCAGCAUACAAUGGUAGGUCUGUCAGGGUACCUCCUCCCAGGGACAACAGCUCAGACUAGCAAUUUGAGCAGAACCAAUUUGAGCUGAUCAAGGUUUGAAGGAGAGAAAUACAGGCAAUCAAAUAUUGAAGUCAGGCAACUAGAUGACAUCUGAGUAGUGGCUUCCUGUUCUAAUGGGCAGGAUUUAAUUUUUUUUAAAUCAAUAUUGGACUAGGGGCACUACCCCAUGUUCACAUCUGUCUUCAGCAAGAUGGGCCUUAUGGCUCAGUGAGGCUCCAGCCUGAAGAGUGCAGCCAUGCCGUAUGUGGUGCUGCAGACCUGUCUGCAGCACAAUACACUGCACAUUCAGGUGUUUCCUGCACUGCUACCUUACAGCGUGU